CUGUUCUCUUCAACGAUCGGCCAUUUAAUUGGAUAGGCGGUUUUCCAAUCUCUGUAUUCUGCGGAAAUACGAGAGUGGCCAUUUCCGGGUUUACGGAGCUAGGGACCGACCGACUAUCGGCUGUUAUCGAAAUCAUCACGAGAGAACGAUGUACAGUUGCGCUUGGUCUUCCCCCUAUGAUUCACGCACUCAUCAAACAGGCGGAAGACUUGCCAAAGAACUGGCCGAUUAAAACCUUGUUAACCGGAGGCCAACCAGUGACCAAAGCCCUGACAAAAGCCAUAGGCAAGCCUUGUGAGACCCUGGAAGCUGUUUAUGGAUGCACCGAAUUCUUUCUAAGCAAUUCAUAUCAUCUGACAGACCCGGAUGCUUUUCCAGAGUUCUGCUGUGGUCCACCAUUGUUGUCUAAUGGUCUGCAGGUCAAGGUCGUGAAUAAAGAAGAGGAAACAGUUCCUAUCAACACCAGAGGGGAACUCUGGUUUAAAGGCCCCGUGUUUAUGAAAGAAUACUUUCAUGAUCCCGAGAAAACGGCAAAGGCGAUAACUCCAGAUGGGUGGUUCAAAACAGACGACUUUGCAAUGAUGGAUGAGGAUGGUCUGUUUUAUGUCUUCGGGAGAAUAUCAAACAUGAUCAUUUCUGGAGGAAUGAAUGUGGUGCCGGAAAUUCUAGAAACCGCUAUCAAAGGAUGUCCUGGAAUUGACCAUGUAGUCGUUGUGCCUGUUUCGGACCCGGUUUAUUACCAAUCCAUUUGCGCAUGCGUGAUUCUCAAACGGGAGGCGAACACUACCGAAGACUAUAUCCGCCAAUUUUGCGACAUCCACCAUAACGAUAGGCCUGGUUUGUUCACUGUACUGCCAAAAUUCUAUAUGUUUCUCGAUGCAUUUCCUGAGACUCGCACAGGAAAAACUUCGCGCAAAGAUUUGCAGGCAGUUGCUGAAGAGAAGUUUGGAAAUUAUGCAUAAUACGAUGAUUUAUAUAAAAAAACUUUUCAUUCCAAUUCCUUACAAUGAAGACAAUCGUUGCGAUGGAGCAUUGAUAUUGAUUCGAGAUUUAAUAUUGCCUUACAUGAACUGUCUGUGUAAGAAUACACGGUUGUUGGUUGUAAAUGGGCCCGACUUGUUAUACAUACAUACAUGUACAGUUAUUGUGUGGUGGAUCAACUGUGCAGAUAACAUCCAAUGGUAUGAACGUAAAUGAACAUACACGUUUAAUUACACAAUGAACUAAAUAGAUACUGUUUUGUAGA